UUUCUGACUCCUCUCAGAGGAGACUCCCGGACCCGGGGGAGUAACAGGUGUCUGGAGGCUGAAGGGUGGAGGGGUUCCAGAACUUGGGGCUUGCUGGUGGAACUCCCCUCCACCCUCCUCACUUGCACCCACCCACCCCCUAACCCCCUUCUUUUCCGUCCUUGGAAAAUGGUGUCCAAGCUCACAUCGCUCCAGCAAGAACUCCUGAACGCCCUGCUGAGCUCCGGGGUCACCAAGGAGGUGCUGAUCCAGGCCUUGGAGGAGUUGCUGCCAUCUCCGAGCUUUGGGGUGAAACUGGAGACGUUGCCCCUGUCGCCUGGAAGCGGGACAGAUCCCGACACCAAGCCGGUCUUCCAUACCCUCACCAACGGUCACACCAAGGGCCGCUUGUCCGGGGACGAGGGCUCCGAAGACGGUGACGACUAUGACACCCCUCCCAUCCUUAAGGAGCUGCAGGCUCUCAACACCGAGGAAGCAGCGGAGCAGCGGGCGGAGGUGGACCGAAUGCUCAGUGAGGACCCUUGGAGGGCUGCCAAAAUGAUCAAAGGCUACAUGCAGCAACACAACAUCCCCCAGAGGGAAGUGGUUGAYGUCACCGGUCUGAACCAAUCACACCUCUCUCAGCACCUCAACAAGGGCACCCCUAUGAAGACCCAGAAGCGUGCCGCCCUGUAUACCUGGUACGUCAGGAAGCAACGGGAGAUCCUCCGACAGUUCAGUCAACAGAGCCAGGGGCCUGGGCAGUCCGACGACGCCUGCUCUGAGCCCACCAACAAGAAGAUGCGACGCAACCGGUUCAAAUGGGGGCCCGCGUCCCAGCAAAUCUUGUACCAGGCCUACGACCGGCAAAAGAACCCCAGCAAGGAAGAGAGGGAGGCCUUAGUGGAGGAGUGCAACAGGGCAGAAUGUUUGCAGCGAGGCGUAUCCCCCUCUAAAGCCCAUGGCCUGGGCUCCAACUUGGUCACUGAGGUCCGUGUCUACAACUGGUUUGCAAACCGUAGGAAGGAGGAGGCAUUCCGGCAGAAGCUGGCCAUGGAUGCCUAUAGCUCCAACCAGACGCACAGCCUGAACCCCCUGCUCACGCACAGCUCCCCCCACCACCAGCCCAGCACGUCUCCUCCAAACAAGCUGCCAGGAGUACGCUACAGCCAGCAGGGAAGCAAUGAGGUCACUUCCUCUUCAACAAUCAGUCACCAUGGCAACAGUGCCAUGGUGACCAGCCAGUCAGUUUUACAGCAAGUCUCCCCAGCCAGCCUGGACCCCGGCCACAAUCUCCUCUCACCUGAUGGUAAAAUGAUAGCAGUCUCAGGAGGAGGUUUGCCCCCGGUCAGCACCUUGACGAACAUCCACAGCCUGUCCCACCACAAUCCCCAGCAAUCUCAAAACCUCAUCAUGACCCCACUGUCCGGAGUCAUGGCCAUUGCACAAAGCCUCAACACCUCCCAAGCACAGARCGUCCCAGUUAUCAACAGUGUGGCCAGCAGCCUGGCAGCCCUGCAGCCCGUCCAGUUCUCCCAGCAGCUGCACAGCCCUCACCAGCAGCCCCUCAUGCAGCAGAGCCCCGGCAGCCACAUGGCCCAGCAACCUUUCAUGGCUGCUGUGACUCAGCUGCAGAACUCACACAUGUAUGCACACAAGCAGGAGCCCCCCCAGUAUUCCCACACCUCCCGGUUUCCAUCUGCGAUGGUGGUCACAGACACCAGCAGCAUCAGUACACUCACCAACAUGUCUUCCAGUAAACAGUGUCCACUGCAAGCCUGGUGAUGCCCACCUAUCACUUACUUGGUGCACAGCAACAAGGACUCUGUUUUCUACACCGUCACCCUUUGGGCAGCUGUCAUGGAAAAGCCCAGUGACCUGACAAGCACCUGUGAGAGGUCCCUGCUUAGCUGACAUCCUGCUGGCACCUCAGACAAUCCGCUCUCGGGAGGCGCAGCCUGAAGCCCAGCUUCCCUUCUAU